AUGGUUGAACCACUGAACGAAGUACAGCCGGGCGAGCCGAUCACGGCCCGGUGGGCGAACAGCCUGCUGCGGUGGCUGCGUCGCGCUGUGAAGAUCUCCGUUGCGUUUCCGCUGGAAAUGCAGCAAGGCGAACAUGGCACGCACCUUCGCCUGGCCUACGUGCAGGAAGACAAGCUGAUCGAACUGACCGAAGACCUUUCGGCCGGCGGCAGUGCGAUGGCCAAACGGCUCAUUUUCAGCGACGGCGAUUGGAUUGACAUGAAUACCGCGGCGAUCGAAGUGUUUGACUCGAUCGGCGGCAGCCGCGACGGGACCGCGGGCGACCGGGGCUGGGCCUUCUACAGCCGGGAAAGCGGACGCCCUCAGCUUGUCGAGUGCGGCACCACAUGCGCGGGCUCUGGAUUCAACGCGCCGUACUGGUGGGAUAUCACCAUUAGCGGCAUCGUCGACGAAGAGUGCGACGAUUGCGAGACCUACAACAGCACGUUCCGCGUGGAGCACAACCCUGGCUUUUCGGUGAACCGCUGUGUGUGGACGCUUUCGAUUCCUGAAAGCUGUGCGAUCUGCAGGCCGGUGUUUCCAGAAACAGAACCGAAAGGGGCGAACUUCGUGUUCCUCGAACUCUUCGGCUCGGCGAGCCCUACGGUUUGGGUGCACAUCUGUCAUUUGAACGAAGGGGCCACCGGCGACGACUUGUUGUGCAACCCGUCGUAUUGGGAAAUCAACUUCCGGGAAGUCUUCGCCGAAAAACCUGACUGCCUGGCGAUGAAUGGCUACUUAAUUGACGACAGUGCCCCAAGCCAAACCCGUUGCCCCAACUUCUACACCCCGCCCUUCGGCCUGGUCGAUGCGUGCGAUGCCAACUCCGGCGGGGGAGUGGCUGAAUGUCGCAUUACGGCGGUUACCCAACCAUGA